UAUAACAGUCGGAACAAUGUCGGACGAAGAAGACGACCCGAUUGAACAUGAGAUUGACGUGUACCUGUCCAAAAGCUUGUCUGAUAAUUUGUUUCUCCUUCAGUACCCAAUCAGACCAGCCCAUUUGAAUUACGACAAAAUUGAACACUUAGCAGCAAGAGUCAAACCACAGCAGAAGAAGGUGGAAUUUGACUUAGCUGUCAACACUUCGAGUAACUACUAUGCAAAAAGUAAAGGUGAACAAAUUGCCCUCAAUGUGGAUGGACCAUCUAGAGGGGACCAAGGAGGGUUUUAUAGAAGUGAUAAGAUGGACAAGCAGAUUCUUACCUCAGCUCCUUGUUCAGGUGAUAUUGGAAGAUAUGGGGUUGGUGUAUUUAAAGACGGUGAGCUACAUUUAUCACCCCUCCAUGCUGUAGUGCAAAUGAGGCCAUCUUUCAACUACUUAGACAAAGCAGAUGACAAAAUCAAAACAGAAGCUGCUGCAAGGGAAGCUGAAGGAGAUAUGUCUCAGGAUGAGGAAGAUGAAGCUAAGCCUGUAACAAUGAAGUUUGCACGGCAAGAGACAGAGGAAGCCAAAGCAAGGAGAAUGAGAUCUUAUGGAUAUCUACAGAAAAAAAGGAAUGAGGAAUCAUGGAUUCAUGUAGAAUAUCACGGUGUAAAUUCUGAUUUAGCAGAAACAGAAAGGUCACAGUUACAUGCCAGCAAGGAGGAAGAGGUUUCUGAGUUCUGUGUAAAACCAGAUGAGUAUUUGAAGAUGCUGAUGCCACCCUCAAGUGAAACAGAGAGUGAGAAACCAGCCAUGCCAAGUAAUGUGUUGUCUCUAAUACAGUUACGUACAAUGCCACUUGCAGACCAAGUUAAAACAUUACUCACAAAUGCCAAAGUAAUAACUUUUAGUCAGUUGAUAACAUUACUACCUCAGGGAACAGAUCCUGGUGCUGCCUUACGAUCACUCCAUCAAGUAGCUGUACUAGUACAAGGUUGUUGGGUGGUCAAGAGUGAAAUUCUGUACCCAAAGGAAGCCUGCAGUCCACAUAGUGGUGUUUCUGGAGAACAUCUGAGUAAAGGUAGAGAUUAUGUGAUGUGGAGAUUUACUCAGUCAAGAGUGGUUACAAGAAAAGAUAUAGCAUCUGUAGUCAAGUUGCCAGCAGAAGAUGUAAAGGACAUACUUGAACAGAUGUCUCGUAUCAGAGCCAAUUGUGGAUGGGAAUUCUUGUUCCAGUAUGAUCAUGAUUUUGUUUCAAGGAAUCCUGAAAUUGUACACAGACAAAAAGCCUUCUGGGAUUCAAAGUAUCAGAUUUUAUGCAAACAGUUGAAAAUUCCAAAGGAACAUGAAAAGAAAUUUAAAGAUAAAGAUUUAGGAAUGCCUGGUUUGGAUAAGCCGACAAGAAGAAGGAGAAAUUCCUCUAAGGGAUCACCAAGGAGGAAAAGAACAUUGAGUGGACGUUCUGUGUCCGACCACAGUGACAUUGAACCAGAUAUCAAAAUGGAUUCUGAAACUAGUGCAGAUGAUGAUAUUCCUACUCAUCAUGAACCAAUGGAAGUAGCUGAAGUAAAUCAUGUGACUAAUGGAUCAAAUAUUCCGUCAUCAACUAAUUGUGAUAAAACAAUUUCUAAGCCAGUGUCUAAUAAAUUUGAUGAAAAGAGGACUGAGUUAUUGAAUUUUGUGUGUGAAAAACUACAAAGCAGAUUUAUUCUAGGUAUUAAUGAAUUAAGACGUUUGUUAAAUAUACGAUUGACACAGUGUUCAUCUGGAUAUAUAUUAAACUGUGAAAUUAGUGAUCAAAUGUUAGAGGAAGCUUUAGAUGAAUCAGGUAGUCUAAAAUUAGAAAAUAUGUGGCCACCUGGGACACCAGAAGAAUCACUAUAUGCCUUAACUUUCACAGGUGAUAAACUUGACCCAGUUAGAAAAGUUCUCCUGUCAAUGUUUACAAUAUCUUACAAGACAACACGGAAAAAUUUCAUUAAAAAAGUUAAAGAGGAAACAGAUAUAGAUUUAUCAGAGAAUGAUGCAAAACUAUUAUUAAGUGAUUAUUGUGUCAAUAAAGGCAAGGGUGUUACAUGGUAUUUAAAAGGAACACUAAUACCAGACUCAUGACGUCAUUGGAAUAGGAAUAAAGUGUAAUUUAUGCAAACAUGAUAAUUACUGACUGUUUAAUGGAAAAGUUUUGGUCAAAAGUUUGCUGUUCAUGACUUACCAAUGCUUUGAUUGAACUUACAUUAAAUCAUUCUGAAAAAGACUAAAAUCCAUUUAAUUGGCAAGCAAUAUUUUUUCAUAAAAAAUAAUUAAAAAAAUCAUAUUUA